UUCUACUCCUCAAUCAGCAUUGAAUAAAUGCAGUCAAACAAAGAAUACCAGUCAUGAUUUGUACGUUAAAAAGUCGAAAUGUCGUCAUUCAUGGUAUCAUAAAAUGUGUACAUCGAAAAAAAAACGAACCACAUCAACCAAUCGCACUUCUUCUUCUCCUUUGCCCAACACUGGUUAUUUAAUUGAAAAUUCUUUGAAAAACAAAGAAAUUCAGAAGACCAAGACGAAGGCGAAGAAUAAUAAUGAGAAGACGAAGACGAAGAUGAAGAAUAAGAAAAACAAACAAGAUUCCUCGUUAUCAACUUCAUCUACAAGUGAAUGCCACCAUUCCAAUGUGGCGGCAUAUAAAUAUUGUUCACAAAGUAAGUUAUUUCUUUUUCUUCAUUAA